UGGCAUAUAAAUUUUUUGGGACAUAAAUUCCCAUUCCCAUCCCUUUAUCCCACCCACCAAACACACCCUAAGAGUCGCCGCGUGAGUCCUGAUCGACAGCAUUCCAUUCCUCAUGAAUUAGCCGUCGCCGGUGCUGGUGAUGAUGAUCUAGGGUUGUUCUUCAUACACUUCUAAUCCUUUCUUCUCAUGUUUAUGUGAUGAUUAACAAACUUUUUUCUUCUCCUAAGAAUCGGUUAUUUAGGCUUCUUUACCCAGAUGUUGUAUGGAAACGAGAAAGGUUGUUUGGUACCGCCGCUGCCCGUGACAUUCCAAUCAAUAAUGCUACAAGUAGGGAGAGAAUCUCUUAUUUGGAAAGGAAAGCCAUGGCCGAAGCAUAUAUCGAUGAGAGCAAUUCAAUUUCUGGUGAUAUAGCAAACCAUUCCGUGUUAUCUUUAUCCUUUUCAUCACAAAAUAAAGAAAGAUUUACAUCUUUGGAUUAUACUUGUAUCAGAGAAGGCAAUUUUGAUGAAAUUGCAUCUCAAAAUCGACAAAUAUGCGCUGGAUGUGGUGUUCUUAUGCAGGAUUCUAACCCUAAAUUGCCUGGAUUUUAUGUACAACCUACGCCUAAAAAUGCUAAUUACAAAUCGCUCAUUAGUCGAAAAUUUGUUGUUGAUGAGAUUCAGGCAUCUAAUUCAGUCAAAAAGGGUAUUCUUAAUGAGCAUGUAGAGCCUGAAAACUCUCCCUUGAACCCUGAUUUGUUGGUUGUUUGUGCAAGAUGUCACUCUUUAAGACAUUAUGGUAAGGUUAAAGAUGCUACGGUCGAAAAUUUGUUGCCGGAUUUUGAUUUUGAUCAUACUGUUGGUAGGAAGCUUGCUAGUGCUUCUGGGGUUAGGUCUGUGGUUUUGUUGGUUGUUGAUGCAGCUGAUUUUGAUGGGUCAUUUCCCAAAAAGGUUGCCAAAUUGGUUUCGUCCACGAUUGAUGAAAAUUCAUUGGCCUGGAAGGAAGGAAAGUCUGGAAAUGUCCCUAGAAUUGUGUUGGUAUUAUCUAAACUUGAUUUGUUACCGAGCUCAGUGUCGCCCACUCAGUUGGAGCAUUGGAUCAGGCAAAGGGCUCGAGAAGGGGGUGCGACUAAGUUGACUAGUGUUCAUAUGGUUAGUGCAUUGAGGGAUUGGGGUGUGAAGAAUUUGAUUGAUGACGUGGUGAGAUUGGUUGGGCCAAGAGGUAAUGUGUGGGCAAUUGGGGCUCAAAAUGCUGGAAAAUCUACUUUGAUUAAUGCAAUUGGAAAGCAUAUAACUGGAAAAGUUGCACCUAUAACAGAGGCACCUGUACCUGGUACUACAUUGGGGAUAAUAAGGUUGGAAGGAAUUCUUCCUGGAAAAGCAAAGUUGCUUGAUACUCCAGGCCUUUUGCAUCCACAUCAUAUAGCUACUAGGUUGACAAGGGAGGAACAAAAGCUUGUGCAGAUUAACAAGGAACUGAAGCCAAGGACUUACAGGAUCAAGGUUGGACACACGAUUCAUAUAGCUGGGCUCGCUAGGCUUGAUGUUGAAGAAUUGUCUGUAGACUCUAUCUAUGUUACUGUGUGGGCUUCUUCUCUACUACCCUUGCAUAUGGGGAAAACAGAGAAUGCUGAUAGAAUGCUAACUGAACAUUUUGGUCAACAAUUACAGCCGCCAGUAAGAGAGGACCGAGUCAAAGAGCUUGGUAGUUGGGUGAGACAGAAGUUUCAGAUAGCAGGAAAUAGUUGGAAUUCAAGUUGUGUCGAUGUUGCCGCUGCAGGUGUCGGCUGGUUUGCCAUUUGCAUUAAAGGAGAGGCAACCGUCAGUGUUUGGAGUUAUGACGGAAUAGAUGUUCUUCUUCGGAAUGCCUUAAUUCCUCAUAAGGCGCAGCAGUUUGAAGUCGCGGGCUUUACUGUCUCUAAACUUGUUGCUAAGGCAGACAAAAGUUCAAACAAGUUGAACAUCCAAAAGAAAGAGAAAAAUAAUGCUUGCCAAAGUAGAUAUAGUUAAGAAUAUCAUUUUUGAGAAACAGAGGAUUAGAUAUAGUUAGAGGUAUUUUGUAUCCCUUAGAUUGAUAUGUGGACGGACACUGGCCAUUAGGAUUGAUUUAUUAGUUUAUAUUGUCGAUGACAUUGAGGUUUUAAGUGAUCCGAUCAAUAUUAGCUUUAGUUUAAUUUUUCGCUUCUUCAAUGGCUAUGUUUUUUUACUUUGUUAUUAAAAAUGUUUAUGAGCAUUCACUUUUCUUCUGUAGCUAGUGUAAAUUUAUUUAAUUUAACCUUUGAUUGAAUUAAAUAUUUUUUACAUGAAUAUUUCAACUUUGCCACUCCCUCCUUAGAACUCUAACGGCCCGUUUGGUUGAUGGUAAUGAAGUAAUGGGAAUGAAAUGUUGUAAUGGCAAUAGUAAUGAAGGAAUGGAUAUGAGAAUUGGUAAUGAAGAUUCUUUUGUUUGGUGUGCAUGACU